AGGAAGAAUUAGUGAGGAGGGCAGGGCUGCAAACUUGCGAUCUGCCUUGUCUGCCUCUCCGACGUAAACAAAAGAAGACCUGCCGCUGCUGCUCUGCCGGACAACUGGACCUGAUAUGAGGACAACAAGACCAGCAGGAUGGCAACACUAGCCAGUGAUGCCACACAGGCCCUGACGCUAGGCGUGUGUGAAGGUUCGCUGGCGUGGAACUGCACCAGGUGAUCACGGGUUCACUGAAGUGACGCUUCAGAUGCACAGCUCGGGGAUGAACGUCAGUCCAGCCAUGGCUCCUCAGUCACCGGGAGACAGCCCACCGAUGGCUACUUUGUCCUUGAAGACCACGUAUCAGUCCUUGGGUUCAGUGUCUUCAGAACCUUUUGCUUCACUGCAACCUAACGCCGCGUCUUCUCAAACCAAAGCGUCCUCACACUCCCUGCACUCGCCCACCCAGUCAAUCAUGAGCUCCCCAAAGCUCUGGCAGAAGGCGUCCAUCUCCAGGCUGGCCGAGGAGUUCUUCUGGAUCGGCGGCAGCGUGGUCGCGCAGCCAAAGUGGAGGCUGGGUCAGAUAGUGGAGAGAUGCAUGUGCACGAUGCAGACAGGCACUCAGAUGAGCAAGCUGAAGGGGAAGAAGAAAGGCCUGCUUCGUUUUUACUACCUGGACGAGCACAAGUCCUGCGUACGCUGGAGGCCCUCCAGGAAGCAGGACAAAGCCAAAAUCACCAUCGACUCCAUCCACGAGGUCUGUGAGGGGAAGAAGUCCGAGAUGUUCCGGAGAUACGCCGACAACCGCUUCGACCCCAACUGCUGCUUCAGCAUCUACUACGGGGAGCGAGUGAAGUCUCUAGACCUGGUCACCACCAACGCGGAGGAAGCAAGAACGUGGAUCACCGGACUCAAGUACCUGAUGGCUGGCAUCAGCGAUGAAGACAGUCUCGCCCGGAGACAGCGCACACGAGAUCAAUGGUUGCAGCAGACGUUCUCGGAGGCGGACAAAAACGGAGACGGCACUCUCAGCAUCGGGGAGGUGCACCAGCUGCUUCACAAACUCAAUGUGAAUUUACCCAAGCAGAAGGUCCGGGAGAUGUUCCAAGAAGCAGACACAGAUGAGAACCAGGGUUCGCUGGGAUUCGAAGAGUUCUGCUCCUUCUAUAAGAUGAUAUCCACGCGGAGAGACCUCUACCUGAUCAUGAUCUCCUACAGUAAUCAGAAAGAAGUCAUGGACCUCAGUGACCUGGCUCGCUUUCUGGAGAAUGAACAGAAGAUGCGAGGUGUCGCCAGAGAGCAUCUGAUGGAUAUUGUGGCCAAGUUCGAACCGUGUCCUGAGAACCUGCAGAGGAUGGUGCUGGGUAUUGACGGGUUCACAAACUACAUGAGGAGCCCCGGGGGCGACAUCUUCAACCCCGACCACCACCAGGUCAACCAGGACAUGACGCAGCCUUUAGGUAACUACUUCAUUGCCACGUCGCACAACACCUACCUGAGCGGGGACCAGCUGCUGUCACAGUCCAGGGUGGAGAUGUACGCCUACGUUCUCCAGGCUGGCUGUCGCUGCGUGGAGGUGGACUGCUGGGACGGUCCAGAUGGGGAGCCCAUCAUCCACCACGGCUACACUUUGACGUCAAAGAUUCUCUUCAAGGACGUCAUUGAAACGAUCAACAAAUAUGCCUUCUCAAAAUCACAGUUCCCAGUGAUUUUGUCCAUAGAGAACCACUGCACCGUGCCUCAGCAGAAGAAGAUGGCUAGGUACCUUCAAGAAGUUCUGCAGGACAAGCUGGACUUAUCGACCAUCAACGUGCACGAGUGCAAGCGGCUGCCGUCACCAGAGGUCCUGAAGGGAAAGAUUUUAGUCAAGGGUAAGAAGUUGCCAGCAAACCUGGAUCCAGAAGCAGAGGAAGGAGACGUGUCCGAUGAAGACACAGGGGAUGAGGAAGAAGAGGAAGACGAUGAGGAAGACGAUGAAGAGAGCGCACAGAGCGGCAACAGUGGGAUGCUGGUUCAUCAUCCGAAGAAGAAGAGACGAUUCGGCAGAUCAAUUAUCAGAAGCUUCAAACGAAAGAGGAAAAAGCGAGUGAGAGUGAAAAACAAGAGCCUGUCUGACGGGGAAUCUGACCACAGCAGCAGCAAAGAAAGGACACAAAUUGUCUACCACCCAAAAAAGAGGAAAACAAUGCGACUCUCCCGGGCUUUGUCGGACCUGGUCAAAUACACCAAAUCUGUCCGGGUCCACGACAUUGAAACGCAAGCGUUCAAUAACAGUUGGCAAGUAUCAUCCCUCAACGAAACUGUGAUGAACCAGAUCCUGCUGCUGAAACCGGGCCAGUUGGUCCGCUUUAACCAGCGCCAGCUUCUCAGAGUCUACCCGUCCAACUACAGAGUGGACUCCAGCAACUUCAACCCUCAGCCGUACUGGAACGCUGGCUGUCAUAUGGUUGCGAUGAAUUAUCAAACAGAGGGUCGGAUGCUUGAACUCAACCGAGCAAAGUUCGCCAGCAACGGAAACUGUGGAUAUAUCCUGAAGCCAAAAAUCAUGCGCAAAGGUGCCUUUAACCCCAACGUGGAGGAUCCUCUGCCAGGACAGCGAAAGACCCAGUUGGUCUUAAAAAUCAUCAGUGGACAGCAGCUUCCCAAACCCAAGGAUUCCAUGUUUGGGGACAGAGGAGAGAUUAUUGAUCCAUUCGUGGAGGUUGAGAUAAUCGGCCUCCCUGUCGACUGCUCGAAGGAGCAGACCAGGGUGGUGGACGACAACGGUUUCAAUCCCAUGUGGGAAGAGACGCUUGUGUUCAACAUUCAAAUGCCUCAGGUGGCGCUGGUGCGCUUCCAGGUUUGGGAUCACGACCCGAUCGGGAGAGACUUCAUUGGACAAAGGACUGUAGCCUUUAGGAGCCUGAUGCCAGGGUACCGACAUGUCUACCUGGAGGGCUUGACUGAGUCGUCUAUUUUCGUCCAUGUUGCCAUCCAUCACAUGACAGGAAAGUUGAAGCCGACAAAUGCUGUGCAAGUCGCCCGGAAGCACAUUCAAAAGGCAGCCCAGAAGCACAUGAAGGGUCAGCCUCGGCAGCCGUCGCUGGACUUCUCUGUGCAGUCCUCGGAAGAUGGACGCAGCGUCUACUUUCGCAAGGACAUGGACAACUUGUCCCUGGACAGCAAAAAUGGAGAGCUGUCUUUGGUGGUGGCAGCCAUGCACAAAGGAGCCAUGAGUGAACCAGUGAGACGCGCGUUCAGAGUUAAAAUUCACGAACCGACUGAGUCGAGGAGAGGCUUGGACGAGCAGCUGUCCACAGACUCCACUAGGGCUCGCCUUCAGAAGCAGUUUAGCUUCGAUGAAGACACCUCGUGUCCCAACAGUCCCGUCCUGAAGAGCCAGAACACAAUAGAGGAAGAACUGGACCACAUGAUCCCAGAGUGUGCUGAAGAUUCCCCAGCACAGCUGCAGCCCGAACCCUCGCAAGAAUUAGUUGCAGAGAAAGAGCCUGAGGACGUCACAACACCACCAGAACUGCAGACAGAAACACACACUGGACCAGAGCAAGAACCUCUCAAACCCCAUGAAAGCGUCUCGUUUACCCCGCCAUCCUCACCCGCAAGAGUCAGAAGAACUCUGGAGACUCCCGCCACCCGCCAGCGCCCCACUCUUCUAGGACAAGCACGCUCACAAAGCUGCCCUCGGAAACAGAUCUCGUCCCCUGUGACCCCGAUGCUGAACCACAGGGCCGCUCCUAAGUGGCAGAGCCAGCGGGCACAGAGCUGCGGCAACAGUGUGCGACCCAUCCCCAACGGCCUGUGCCUCUCUGACAGCAUGUCCAGCAGCGGUGGCAGCACUGACAGUCUGGAGUUUGAGCCCUCUGGAGAGGCCGAGCAACGAGAGGGAACCUUACAGCGGGAGAUGAAGGCUCUCUUCGACCACAAGAUGAGAGAGAUCCGCUGUAAAUCACCACUGUUCAUAGAUGAUGAAUCGGAUUAGAUAGUCGACACCAAGACGAUCCUCAUGAAGUGGAUCAGGACCUGAGAGGCUUGGAGACAGGAAUGAAUGCACCGGCUGGACGGACAGAUGAGGAGUCACUAAAAAGGGAUGCAACCCCUCCUACCAUGACCUAAUAUAUUGUUGUUGGGAAAGUGGACUUUUGCCUCCUAUACUGACGCCGAAGGCAGCCUCCAGCGUUGCAUGUUGACGCAUUAGGUUUUCAAUUGAAGCACAUUCCACCGCUAAUCCUGAGGCUGUGGCCUGCGCAACGCGUAAAAGAAAGAUGGAGGUUUGAGUUUGGUAAGGCAUGAGAUGGUGCGCUUUUCAUUCUUCACAAAAUGACGUGCCAGUUGCUAUUUAACAUCCUUCAAACAGCUGUAUGUUUCAGUUCCAGAGCCUCUUCAGGUCUUAUAAAUAGCAACUGGCUUCUAUUGUAAGUCAGUGAACAGGGCCUCUGAACAUUUCCCCUACAUGGCAGCAAUACAUUUUUUGCCAUUGAAAUGCCUAUGCGUCCACAUGCAAUGGUGAAGGCUGCCUUUGGCGUCAGUAUGGGACUCAAAAGUCCACUUUCCAAACGUCACUAUAAGACUCAUGGGAGUGAGGAUGUGCGGCAAAAAAAAGAUGCAACAUUGAGUCGCUGAGAUGAAAUCCACGGAGAAGUUCUGUACUUAAGACUUUUAAUGUUUGCUGUCAUGUUUACAGUCAACUGCAUCCAGCUGGAGUUCAUACGUUUACAAAUGUGAAUAUUCGGAUCAUUGCCAACUGUACAAAACAGCAGUAGAAUCAGGGCAAACUUUCAAGGUUGUGAGUCAUUUCCUGUUUAGCUCAUUCAAUGUUAUUUUGUAAACCGUUUGCUAUAACAACUGUGGUGUCAAAAUAUGUUGUUCUGAAAUGUGCUUUUAAAAUGCAUUUUAAAGUUAUUUUUCUAUGCUAAAUUAAUACCUAACAAUAAAUUGAGAAAAAAUAUGACUAGGUUAUUGCUUGUUUUGUUAAAGAUUUACAAAUGUUAGUGAUUUUAGGCCUUUUCUUUGUCUGCAACCUCUUGAGGGGCCCCUUCAGUGUUGGCUCUGAAGCGCAGGCUGAGUUCUUCAGUCAGCACUUUACAGUGUGAUUUCUGUGUGAGACAUUAAAUGU